CCUGGAAGCCGGGUAGUAGCUGUUGCGGGUCUGUCUCGUUCCCGGCGCCGGAUCCCGGGUGCUACCUUGGGGCUCCCUCGUGGUUCGAGGGUCGGGCGGAGCGUCGUGUUGAGGUCCAAAUCCCGGAAGGGCACGGCGAGGCUCGGGCCACGAUGGACUUUCCCAGCAUCCUCUGCCCCACACUGUUUACGACCGGCCCACUUGGUCAGAGUGAUGUCCCUGACAUGUCCUUCAUGUGCAGCUGGAGAGACAUGCUGACCCUGCCAGAGCCCCUGCCCCAGAUCUCGGAGAGUGGGGUGCCACACUCGGCCAAGGACCUGCUCUGGGAGCCAGAGACCCCUGGGCCCCUUCCCUUGCUGCAUCCCGGUCCAGAUCCCUGGGACCCCGGCAUGACUGCCCGGGACCUGGUUUUCCGGGGAGGUCUGCAGUUCCGAAAACAGCCCCAGGUCGUGCUGGAUGUGACAGAGCAGCUCAGCCGGUUCCUAUGGGACCAUGGGGACAUAGCCUUUGCACCCCUGGGGAAGCUGAUGCUGGAGAAUUUCAAAAUGGAGGGAGCCCCGAGCCGCUCUAAGACGAAGACCGUGGUCAGUGUGAAGGGGAUACUCCAGGACCUCGGUGGACACCAGCCUUGGGGGUGUCCCUGGGCUUACCUCAGCUACCGACAACGCCGGUUCUCCAUCCUUGGGGGCCCGAUCCUGGGCACGUCCGUGGCGCAGCUCCUGGGAGAGCUGCUGCACGAGGAGCUGGCCCUGCGGUGGGAGCAGCUGCUCCUGGAUGAUGCCUUCACGGGGGGUGCGCUGGCCUGGGUGCCUGGAAGCACGCCUCAGGUGGGGCAGCUGGUCUACCCUGCGGGAGGCGCCCUAGACAAGCUGUAUUUCCAAGAGGUCAUUCUGACCCCAGACAGUGACCCCCAGGUCCUCAAGGACCCUGGCCACAUCCAGCUCCGAGGACCUGUCCGGCAGGUGGUGACCCGCACGGUGCAGGAAGAAUGUAAGGCCCUGAGGCACCCCCCACCACUGCCUGACCUGCUGCCCGACUCUGACUCUCACCCCUCCUCAAUCCCCUCAGCUCUGCUGGCUGUCCGCUCUGACUACCACUGUGCCGUAUGGAAGGUCAGCAAGCAGGGGCGGCCGGCCCCUCUGCAGGUGCUGCAGGUUGGGAAGGGGGCCACCGGGAUCAGCCUCAGCCCUCACCUGCCUGGGGAGCUGGCUGUCUGUAGCCGUUCAGGAGCCAUCUGUCUGUGGACCCCCCAGGAUGGGCUGCGGCAAGUCUACAAGGACCCUGAGACCCUUGUGUUCCGGGACCCUUCUCCCUGGCGUUGGGCAGACUUCACUGCCCACCCUCGGGUGCUGACUGUGGGGGACCGCACCGGAGUGAAGAUUAUUGACACUCAGGGGCCCCCAGGCUGUGGUCUGCUGCUGUUCCGAGUGGGAGCGGAAGCAUCAUGCCAAAAGGGGGAACGUAUCCUACUGACCCAGUAUCUGGGGGAGUGCAGCCCUGCACCCCUGCAUCCCACGCUCCAUCUCGUCUGCACCCAGUUCUCGCUCUACCUGCUGGAUGAGCGCCUCCCCUUGGUGCCCAUGCUGAAGUGGAACCACGGCCUUCCCUCCGCCCCACUGUUGGCCCGGCUGCUGCCUGCGCCGCAGCCUGGCUGCCCACGGCCCCUGCUUCUGAGUGGCCGGGGCGGGGAGCUGCAGCUGCUUCACAUCUCAGGAGAGGGGGCCUCGACGCCCCGCCUGGCAGGACACCCCCAGUCUCUCCCUUCCCGGAGGGACUCCCUCUCUGCAUUCCCCCUGCUGGAGCCUAAGAGCCAGUGGAGGCUGCAGGAGCGUCUGAAGGCCCCAGCCAUAGGUCUGGCCGCUGCCAUCCCACCCUCCGCCUCCACACCAGCCCUGUUGCUCUUCCAACUCUCUGCAGCUGGAGAUGUCUUCCACCAGCGCCUCCGCCUCCAGGCGGACCCUGGGGCCCCCAGCAACCAUGGGCCCAACUCCUCUGCCCCUGCGGCUUCCUGGAGCCCCCAGGACACAGCCUGCUGCAGCCAGUGGCUGAAGGCCUUGCUGGAGGUGCCCACAGCUCCCCCUGUAUGGGCUGCACCCACCUUUUCCCACCGCCAGCUGCUGGGCUGCUUGGAGCAGCGGAAGGUUGAGGGGAGAGUGCCAGAGGGUCUGCGUGCAGCCAUGGCCCAAGGGCGGCUCCUGCGGCAGAGGGACCUGGGUUCACUUCCUGUUGCCCAGCUGCCCCCUGCCUCUGAGUCAGGCCCUGAGGAUAUGCUCACUGGGCGCCUGGAGGCGGCCUGGAGAGGGCGGGCAGCUGCCUGGUGGGAGAGGCAGCAGGGCGGGGGCUCGGGGCCUGGGAGGCCGCCCAAGCGGCACAAGCGCCGGACUCUGCUGUCCAGUACCUUCUCCUCACUCAGCCGCCCUGACCUCUCUGACGCCACCCCCGCUCACAGCCCAGACCGGACACCCCCUGAGGCCAGGCCUUGCCCUCCUGUGACCCUGCCCUCCCAGGAGGUGACCCAGGAGCUGUGGACCAUCCGGAACUGUACCACUGGGCUGCUGUCCCAAAGGGACACCCCGGGAGGCUCUGAGGUGCCCUCAUCCCAGAGCUCUGGCGUCCGGGCCCCAUGCUCCGGGCAGCGGGCGCCCGUCCUCUCUGGCUCUCAGCCACAUCGGAAGAAGCCCCGCAUGGGCUUCUGAGGGCCCAGGGAAGCUGCUCCCCUGCCUCCGGUAAGCCCUUUCUCGUGCACCAGCUGUGCCUUCCGUGACUGGAACUUAGGAAAUAAAGAGAGAACAGUCUCCAGGGGUCAGACCUUUUACCAUCUGAAGACUGCUGUGACUAGGCGACCCCCAGAAAUGAUUCAGAACCAUGUCAGAGCAGGGACAGCGACAGAGUUGUUUCUCCCGUGGUUUAUCCUGCCUGGAGACGUGUUGGAAAGGCCCUGGCAGUCCUGUCCUGGGGCCAGUGUCACUGGGUUUCCUCCAGCCAGGCCACAGGGCUGCACGGUGCAGGAGCCAGGCCCCGGAGCCCACCAGUGACGGUACCAGCUCCUCCCCAUGGUCAGUGACGGUGAAAUGAGACCCAGAGAACUGCUGGUGCUGGAUGUUUGGUUGGUUGAGCAGUUUCUGAAGUUUUGGACCCACAUUUAGGGUUUGAAUAAAUUGUCAGCUGAGCAUGGA